UUCAACAACUUGUUGACACAUUUAGCAACUUGGGGUUUGAAAGAGCAUUCUGACCUUCAGUUUCUUUCCAUUGAGGAUAUUGAGGGUGUCAUCCCUCCUGUUGCUGUAAGGAGACUAAUGUAUUAUCUCAAAACCACAGGACAAUUGAUUGAUACAGAAGACACCUUGCCAUCUUGCUAGAUCCGCACCUCAGCAGGCUCUUUGCCUCCAAGCCCUUCACUCUCAAGCCCACCGCUUGUCCAAAGGCCUGACUGGAUGUCCUCCUUUGAAAUUCCAUGGCAGAAAAUGCCAGCAAAUUUGCGGCAAUGUGUUGCUCAAGGCCUUAGACCGAGGAAACAAGAACAUCUGAGUAUGGUCAGAAUUAUUGUACAGGCGAUACAAGAGAAAUGCUUGAACCCUACAAGGAACCAGUGUUCUGAAAUAGCCAGACAAGUGAUUGAGAAACACCCAAAGAGCUUUGCUGACGUCACAGCCGAAGGAGAGAUAAUUGGCUGUGGCUAUGGGUCCCUUUUAAAUCAAAUAAAAACUCGGAUUGACCAUGUAAAUCGUGACAACACAUUAGUUCGUGUUAGGAGGCCAAAACAACAUGCUACUUGCGAGACUGCAUCCAGCAAUGAGAGCCCUAUUCCAUCCAAAUGUUCAAAAACUGACAGCUAUGGAUGUGUUAAUUGGCACCCUAUUGACCUCCCUCAAGGAGAAACCCCAGAAUCAGUUGAAGGGAAAAGAAAGCAAAUGGUGGAGCUAUUUUCAGUAGAGGGACCCAGAGCUGCUGAGCGUGCCUGGGUGGAAGAGUACAUGAUAAAAACAUAUGCCUCUCAGCGCUACACUAUUAAUGCCAACCCUCCACCCGGCAUGGAUGAAAUUCAGGAAAAGUGGCCAUUUCUCUUCCUUAAGAGAUUUCUCUGUAAUCAUUUUGCAACAUUGACUGGGAUUGACAUUGAUGCAAGAUUUGUCGGCUGUCUCGGAACCAAAGGGAAGAAGAUUCUUCAUUUCUUCCAGAGUCAGCUUGCAAGGUGGAACAAAGAAGUCAGAAAAGUCUUGCAGGACAUAGAAAAGGCUGGCUGUGACAAAGUCAACCAUGGUGUGGCAUGCACUCUCACCACAAUGGCAUUCUUCAAAGAAGAUGUUGAUGCUCUGUUUCUUCCGGCAGAUGUGACCGCAACUGCAGCAGACAUAAACAGCAGUCUCUCUGCUCCUAGCACCCCGAGGCUGAUUGCUCUUGGGGAUUCCGUUCUCGAGGCCAAUGGUUGGAUGCUCACCGUCGAUGGCAAGGUAAUCAUCGGACCCCAGGAGCUGCCAGACUUUGAUUCUGCUUUGGCGGCCCUAUUCAGCUGCUUCUACUCGUUCAACAUCCAGUAUCAGACGGAAGCAGAGAAUACUCUUGAGUUCAUUCAGAGAUUCAUUGUCAGGAUCAAUCCCGAAGGCUCGAAAUGCAAAUCCAGAACACAGAUCAGCCGACGGACAGGAAAGACGGUGCAACGAAAGAAUGCCAACCUCAACCCUGUUGUGGCUGCAUUUAUAAGAGAGCUGGUGGAUUUUGAGUGGCAAAAUUACUGAAAAUGAUACAUUUUAUACAUGUUUAGAAUGAUAAUUGUGUGUUUCUGUUAGGGCUGCACAAUUAAUCAUAUUUUAAUCACGAUUUUGGCUUCCCACGUACGCGU